GCCAGGUCUCAGUCGCCUUACUAUGUCUGCAUCGCGGGAUACGAAGGACCCAAGCAGCUCAGUGUCUCUGUCAUCAGACGUACUCCGCAUGCGCAGUCAAGUGCUAGUCAUUGAGUAAUCAUGACGUCUUCGUGCUAGCGGCAACUCCACAACCUUCGUCCCUCCGUCACCUGCAGACAGUAAGAGAGUUGGCCAACGCGAUGGUGCGUUAAGUGAUGAGAUGCGAAGAUACGUGGAGGACACUGAUUUCCUUCAAUCUUUCUUGAAAAGAGAGAAUCGCUUUCUCGAGGACUGCAAUGAAAUUAAGGAGCCUCGAGGAAGACUCGGAUCGUUCAGGCAACCAGCAAAUACUGUUGUCUACACCGUCAGACGUGGCGAGACGUUGGCGGGGAUUGCUCUCUGUAAUGACGUCAAGGUGGGAGAAUUGAAGUCUUUGAAUCGUCUUGUCAACAAUAUGCUCUAUACCGGACAGGUGUUGUAUGUUCCGGCGAGUGCAAACAGCUGGGAGUACGUGGACCAUGUCGACGUCGACGAUUCAGCUCCGAGGACGUCGAGUAGUGGACUAAGUCAAGCCAGCGUUGAGAGCAAACAGUCGGAGAUGGAAGCAAGUGAGAUAGUAGACGCGGUGAUGGUGAAUCGUGAAGACUGCUUUGCAGCGUCGGAUGAGGAUACAAGCAAAUCAGAAGUGGCAGGCAAUCAAAUGGAUUUUUCUGAUGUGUUGGCUCAAGAAGAGGUUUGCGAACGCUACAUAAAAAUCUUUUCUAAAUACAUUACAGAUGGCAAGGGCACUGUGAGUGGCAUGCUGUUUGUUACGUCUCAGUGCUUGAUGUUCAAUCCGAGUGUUUUGGAUCCAUUGGUCAUCGAUCGUGGCAUUGAUUCUUACAGUUUGAUUUUACCGAUGGAUUCGAUAUCGAGUUGUGCCGUGUAUGAUGAUUUUCUAAAGAUGCAACAGAAGGACAGACCUGCAGAAGUUAAAGCACCGGCAGGUCUCCAAACCAUUGAUCACCCCUUCUUGCUUUGUUCCCGAACUAUUGACCUUCCCGACUUAAACAGCAGCGCCGACAACGUUGAAGAACAGCGACAUUGUCGAGCAGUGGGCUCACUUGGAACAACAAAACUGAGCGGAGACAUUAACCUCGAACCUGAAACACAUGAACUCGACACUAUAGAUGAAUCUACAAUGGAAGACGACUCAACCCAUCUACCAACAGACGAUACGAAAGUCGACUUUGUUUGUGAAACAUCCGAGCCAGUUGAAGCCGAGAGCACUAAGGAUGAUCGCCAGAUUGAGGUGUUUAAUUGGAACCCGGACGAUUUUGAUGGGGAAUCAACGAGGCAUGAAGAAUGUGACUCAAACAGUGAGAAGGAAGAGGAAGCAGAUGGCACAGAGAUUGACGGUCAGGCAAGCACGAAACAUGAGAAGAAAGAGGAUUGUGAAGAAGGUAGUCAGUGGAAUGCGGCAGGUUUUGAGUUUCCAAGGUUGUCGGAUGCGUUUGAAGUUCCACGAGUUUCCAUAUCGCCGUCGAAGAGGGAUAGCAAAUCGGAACCGAUCACUAUCCCUCGACCAGCACGACGUGUCGGUAACGUCAAUUGGUUCUUCUGCGUACAACUGAGUUCACCACUUGACGACGAUUCCGUGACCAAGUCAGCGGUUUCUGUUCCUGCCUCGACAGCUAACGAUAUCGGCAAGGAGCUGAUAAAGGUAGACGGAGCGAAGCCAGAGUAUUGGUUUGCUAUUGCACUAGAAAGAGUGGAUCAGCUGUAUGCCUUUCUCGUGCAGUGGUGUCGAGGUUUGCAGGAGAUGAGUUACGAACAAAUGAAGGAACUUGAGAAGGACUUUGUUCUCAUUUCUUUGAAUGAUCUGCCAGAGAAGCAGCUUUUACCGUUUGUUGAAGGCUAUUUUGGAUCAAACUCGAGCAGAAAGGGUCGAAGGGAAAGUCUUGGAGUUGAAUACAACCCAAUUCCCAUGUUGAUAGGCGCAACACAGAUGCUUACUGCAACUCGUCUCAAGAAGUUGACGGAGUCGUUGCCUCGACGGCUGAUUGGAUACGAUUGGACACUGAUUUAUAGCACGUUCUCUCACGGCAUUAGUCUGAAGACUUUGUAUCGCAACAUGCUGGACAUUACUGGCCCGGUUGUGCUCGUCAUUCAAGACGAGGCCAAUCAGGUGUUUGGUGCUCUUUUGUCGGAUCCAUUAAGAUUGGGAGAGCACGCGUAUGGCACUGGAGAAUGUUUUCUGUUCACGUUUUAUCCAUCAUAUAGGCGAUUUACUUGGUCGGGAAGUGAUCCUUAUUUCAUCAAAUGUAAUUUGGACAGUUUUGUUGUGGGAGGCGGAGAUGGUCACUACGGUCUCUGGAUCGACGACAACUUGUAUCACGGCUCGACUCAUUGCUGUACGACGUUCAACAACGAGGACCUGACGUCGCAACAGGAGUUUAUAUGCCGAAGUCUCGAGGCAUGGGGUUUGUACUGAGACGUGUAGUGCGUUAUUGUGUUUCCUCUCAAAGAGACGGACAGCGAAUGUGCCAAGGUUGCUCGACUUAUCCAAUUGUUUAUUUACUGCAUGAGGCAAUCUGGCGAUGACCCGUAUGUAGCAUACCGUUACCCGUAUGUGGAUACCUUGAUUGAGCAUGUACAGAUAUUGUCAAUAGAAAAGCAUAGAGUCUGUGUUGAUAUGGA